UACCUGCAAAUAAAGGGGUUAAAUGUCCACCAAUGCCAUAUAAAACUAAAUUCUUUGCAAACACAUUUAAUGGAACAAAGAGAUACGCUAGUACAAAACGCUGUUAUAGCUGCCAAAAUAAUUGGUGAAGAGAUGGAAAUAUCGACUGAGCGUCGAGUUAGAAGGAGAAAAAAUAUGAGUGGGGAAAAUUCGCAAGACGUGGGGCUAUCCUUAGAAGAAGAAGUACGAAGAGAAAUGUUUUCAUCUAUGGACAGAAUUAUAAAGGAAAUAAAAGAACGCUUCGAUCAAUUGCAUGGUCUUGUAAGAAAAUAUUCGUGUAUAAUACCGUGUAACCUACUAAAUGAAGAAUUUGAAUGUCAAAUAAAUGAUUUGAUCGACAUUGAUAAAGAACAGUUCCAUAUUGAAAGAAAAAGGAUCCAGGUUUUUAUGGCUGUAUCUACACUAAAAGAAGAGGUAAAACAUUGGAAAAACGGGGAGAAGGGCCCUCUUGACCUGCUAAAAUUUAUUCAGCAGUAUAGGUUGGAAAAUUCUGUUCCCAACAUUGUAAUUUUGUUAAGAAUUUUUUUAACAAUUUCAAUUAGUGUCGCUAGUUGCGAAAGAAGCUUCUCAAAAUUGAAGUUGAUAAAAAAUUAUCUUCGUUCUACAAUGAGUCAAUCAAGACUACAAAAUCUUGCAAUAUUGUCAAUAGAACAAGAAAUUACAAAAAAUAUAAAUUUUGAGAGCAUUAUACACGAUUUUUCUAGUAUGAAAGCUAGAAGAGUAGAUAUUAUAUAAAUAUUGCAUACAAAUAAGUCUAAAAA